GGCCACCCGUAUCCCUGAGGCUGGAGGGCUUAAAAGGCCCGCAGCCAUCUCCUCUUCCGUCUGAAGGCGGACUUUAGAUCAGAAGCAGAGGCUGGCAAUGUCAGGCAGGUUUCAAAGACGGGAGGCGAAGUGAGUUGCCAGUGUUGCCAGUGCUUCUGGACUUACAAUUGAAUUCAGAGCUCAAACUAGCUGGUGAGGGCUUUGUAAAUGAUACAGACAGGAUACUGACCUUACCGUGGUUGAAAAAGGCGAGGAUGUGCUGACGUCUCUGGGCCCUAGAUACCUGGCGCCCCUAAGACGACUGGCGGAGUUCGACAGCUAGCCCUGGUCAGUAUGGGUUUAGCAAAGCGCUCGAGGGUUUAGCUCCUGACCCUCCAGCAGACUCGCCAUGGAUUCAAGCGGUGGCACCAAUCACGCAAGUGCCGGGGCCACCGGCCAAGGUGAAAUCAUAAUCUUGGACUCCGAGUCCCCCCUCCGCGAACAAAAGCGGAGCCGGAAGAAGCAGAACAUGGAAGAGCAAAACAAGGGGGGCGAAAGUAAGACCAGGCGGAGGGUUGGCAAGUCUGAGCUCCAGGCCCUAGGACAGGCUGGCCUUCAGGGGGGUGUAGGCCGGAGCACGCGGUCGAGACAGGAGCCGAAGUCCCCCCGCCAGCUGCGAUUAGCGCUUCGGAAGGCGGGCCCCACCAAUCGGAAUGCAGCGCUUCCGGCCUUGGACCUGAAUGCCGCUUCCCAGGGGGGUGCAGGGAAGAGCAACGGCAGCCCCCCUGGAAAGCGGCUUACGCCGCGAAGCCCGGUUGGCUCCCCCCGGUGGCAAUCCCCUGGGCGGCAGGGGGGGCCGCGGAGCCCGGUUGGGACCCCCCGGUUGCAGUCCACUAAGGAGGCCUGCCUGGCGCUGCCUGCGUCUCCGAAGCCCCAGGGGGGGAGCCCCAGGGAUCCGAGUAUGGUUGUCCGCUUCAAUCUGAAGCAAGGGAUGCGGGGACUCGCAGGUGAAGGUUCGGAUGCGAAACCGAGGGUUUCAGAGACGCCGAGGCGGCAAGGGCUUGCGAGGGCCACGGUCAAGCCUGACGAUGAGACAGAUCUGGAGAGUGAGGGAGAUGAGGGUCUUAAGAUGGAGACUGGGAGGCAGAAGCGAGACGGCGGAAGUGGGAGGCAUGGGGAUUGCCAGGGGAGAGCUUCCAGGAAAGGGAGCAUUGCGGUUGACGGGUCAGGGCAGGGUGUGGACGGAGAUCUGGACAGAAAGGGGCCUCGGGUGCGCUCCGUGCAUGAUCUCAUGGGGGCAGAGAGGAAGGACAGGCCGAAGUUGAGGGUGCGGAUUGUGAGUCCGCCGUCCGGGGGUGGUUUGGGGGGGUCCCGAUCCCCCGGGGACGGAGGAGGCGCCCAGGGGGCGUCGUUGCGGCAGGGCGAGCGGCCCCCGGGGAAGAAGCGGAAGCGGCCGCGAGACGGAGAGCCUCCCAAGAUCGAGAUCAGGAUCAAGCGGAAGCACUUGCAGGGGCGGAAGGGUCCUGAAGGAGGUGAGACCGGCGGGGGGAGUGCUGUGCUCAUGGAUGAGGAAAGUUUUCCAGAGAGUAGAGAGUUGGCGGACGUACAGAAGCAGGACGAGCAAGCGGGGAUGACAGAGUCUGAGUCGGAGUUUGGGGCCUCGUUGGAGAAGGGAGAAUUGCAGUCAAGGGAAGAUGGCCUCAAGACAAGGGGAGAGGACAGACUGGCUGAUGGGAAGAAGAGAAAGAAGAAGAAGGGGUUUGUGAGUGGACAGGCGCGAGGGGGCAGCAAACUGCGGCCACAAUCCGCAAGCUUCGGGAUGAGUGCGGACGAGGCAGGAAGCGCGGGCGACUUGGUUGAGCUCCUAGGCAAUUACGUCCCCCCAGUCAAGAGCGCCAGUGCAAAGCCCCGCCCGUCAGUGAGGGAGAAGCUGAAAACGGACGCGGAAAUCAUGGCGCGCGCAAACGAAAUUCUGCAGCGGCAGGCGGUGAUCGCUCUGGGGGGAAAGAUACAGCCUAGCACGGAGCCCCCGAGACCGUUGCCUGCUGGGGCGGUUGCGGGGAAGUCGCACUGGGAGCAUUUGCUGGCGGAGAUGACGUGGCUCGCUAAGGACUUUGAGAAAGAACGGAGGUGGAAGCUGGGCCAGGCGAAACGGUGGGCGCUCAAAGCGAGCAAGGUGCAACUAGACGUGGAGGCGCGGGACCAGAAGAGAGUGCGGGACGAGGAGUCGCGGGUGCGCAAACUGGCGAGCGGGAUCGCGAAGGAGGUGCGCAAGUUCUGGGUGAAGAUCGAGAAGCUGGUGCAGUAUAAGCACAGCGCUCUUGCGGAGGAAACGAAGAAGAAGGCGCUGGACAAGCACUUGGACUUUCUCGUGGGCCAGACGGAGCGCUAUUCUACCAUGCUGGCGGCAGACCUCCAGGGGCGGCCCGGCACGGGGACGUCUAAAGGUUCCGCUGGGGCGGAGGCAGAGCAGGGGACGUCUAGAGGGUCCGGGGACGAGCAGGGACCGGCUAGAGGUUCCGGAGGCAGGGUCGAAGCUAGCGGAAAGCCUGGAAAGUCGAGGCUCGCGCUGACGAAUGGGAGUCUGGACAUGUGGAGCGGGGAAGAAGAGGCGAAGCAGCAAGAAGGGGGGGAUGAUGGAGGAGCUCAUGAGGCGGUGGCUGACGGGGGGGCGAAGCAGGGGCGUUCUGAAGGGGGGGGGAGGGUGGCGCAUGCGGAUGGCGACGAUGACUUUGAAGUGGGGGAAGACGAGCAAGAAGAGGAUGAUGAAAGCACGCUGGAGGCCGAGAUCGCGGAGGAAGAGGCGGGGUAUGCGGACGAAAUGGACGCCCUCAAGGCCGAAAGCGAACUGCCCAUUGAAGAGCUGCUGCGGAGGUACCAAGCCAUGGAAACCGACGACGAGUUCCGGGACUCUUCCGACCGCCGUUCAGACUCCGACACCCCGGAGCCCGUUCCCACCCGCAAGCGCAAGGCCGGGGAGGCUGGUGUGAACGCCCCCCGGCCGAAGCGUGCGCGGCGGCCCGUGAAAGCAUCAGCGCAGCGGGAGCAUUCAGAAGUGAUGGACGGGGGCAAAGACGAAGAAGAAGAGUAUCAGGGGGACGACGAGGGGGGGGAUGACGAGGCGACGCUUGAGGAAGAGGAGAAGCUGGCACAGCAGAGCGGGGAUCUUGGUGGCGAUGACGAGUUGGCCAUGCUACAGCAGGAGAGCGAGCUCACUGUAGAGGAACUGCUGGCCCGCUACAAGGGCAUGCGGGACGAGGAGUCCGCCGAAGAAGAGAGCUCUGGCGAGCGGAGCAGCCAGGCCGAAGACGAGUCCGGAUCGGGGGAGGAAGAAUCGGAAGCCAGCGAUCACGACGAGCCGUCAGACGUCCCCAACCACACGGAGGUGUCCCCCGAGAGCGGCGUCGAAGAGGUCCAGACGGAUUUGACGACGGGGAGGGGGGCCGGAGCUCGGACGAGAGCGAGGAGGAAGGGGGGGCGGAGUCAGAGGGAAAAGAGGGGGGGGGAGACGAGGAAGUGCUUGGGGUGUCUGCGCUUUUGGGAGGGGGGGGGGGAGGAAGAUGGGGACACGGAAGCGGGCUUGUUAGCCGUGCGAAGAGCUGCCGCGAAGAGGGGGGAGAGGGCCAAGAUGCGGAGUGGGGUGGAGGAGGAAGGGGGAGGGAGUGGGGGGAUUGUGGGCGUGGAAAGGAGCUCUAGAGGGGACGAAGAUGGGCGAGAGGCGGGGCGGAAGGCUAGCGAGAAAGAGGGGACGGUUGUGGAGGACGGGGGGGUGUCUCCGGAGGAGAAGGCGGCGCCUGGAAGGAAUGGAAUUAUUGAGAAGGAGGCGGGUGAGCGGGAAGAGGAAGGGAUGAGGUCCGAAAACGACGGGAAAGGGCUAGAGACGAACCAGGGGGUGCGAGACCUUGGGGAAACGUCUGUAGCGGAAGGGGAGAAGGCGGAGGCGAGGGGAGUGAAUACCGGAAGGAGCGAAGAGAAGCCUGAGGGGGCUGCAGUGGAGUUGAGAAAAGGCCAGACGGGAGCUGAAGAGAAGGAGAGUGACGCUAUGGAAAUUGAGGUGAAAAACGAAGCGGAGGGCGCGGUCAGUGAGAAGGCGGUGGGGGCUGAAAAGACGGAGGGGAAAGCGAAAAUUACGGAAGGGGGGGCUAAAGACACGGGGAGGAACGCUGCGGAAACGGAGGUGGGGUGUAAAGUGACGGGUUUGGCAGAGUGGGGGGCGAAAGAGAGCGCGGGCAAAGUCGAAGAAGAGGAAGCGGACGACUUUGACGAGGGGUCGGGUCAGGACCGGUUGAAAAACGCGGCUGCCGCGGCAAUGGCCGCCCAACCGACGGGCUACACUCUGUCGACGACGCAAGUCCGGACCAAGGUACCGUUUCUACUGAAGCACUCGCUGCGCGAGUACCAGCACAUCGGGCUCGACUGGCUGGUGACAAUGUAUGAGAAGCGGUUAAACGGAAUCCUGGCGGACGAGAUGGGGCUCGGGAAGACGAUCCAGACGAUCGCGUUGCUCGCGUAUCUCGCGUGCGAGAAGGGCAUCUGGGGCCCGCACCUGAUCGUGGUUCCGACGAGCGUGAUGCUGAAUUGGGAGACGGAGCUCAAGAAAUGGUGCCCGGCGUUCAAAGUGCUGACGUAUUUCGGGUCGGCGAAGGAGCGCAAGGCGAAGCGGCAGGGGUGGAGUAAGCCGAAUUCGUUCCACGUGUGUAUCACGACGUACCGGCUUGUGAUCCAGGACCAGAAGAUGUUCAAGCGGAAGAAGUGGCGGUAUUUGAUCCUGGACGAGGCGCAUAUGAUCAAGAAUUGGAGGAGCCAGCGGUGGCAGGUGCUGCUCAACUUCAACUCCAAGCGGCGCAUCCUGCUCACCGGGACGCCGCUCCAGAACGACCUGAUGGAGCUGUGGUCCCUGAUGCACUUUCUGAUGCCGCACGUGUUCCAGUCCCACCAGGAGUUCCGCGACUGGUUCUCCAACCCGCUCAACGGCAUGGUCGAGGGCGCGGAGCAGAUCAACAAGGAGCUCGUCGAACGGCUGCACUCCAUCCUGCGGCCGUUCCUGCUUCGACGCCUCAAGCAGGACGUCGAGAAGCAGCUUCCGGGCAAGUUCGAGCACGUGAUCAAGUGCCGGCUGUCCAAGCGGCAGCGCAACCUGUACGAGGACUUUAUGGCGUCGUCGGACACGCAGGCCACGCUCGCGUCGGGCAACUUUCUGGGGCUCAUCAACGUGCUCAUGCAGCUGCGCAAGGUGUGCAACCACCCGGACCUCUUCGAGGGCCGCCCCAUCGUAUCCGCAUACGACAUGCCCCAAAUCUCCCCCCAGCUCAGCAGUGACGUCAUCAACGCCCUCAAACCGCACCCGCUGACGUCCCUUGACCUCGACGCGCUCAAUAUGCGGCUCAUCGACCUGGAGGGAAUGCACCAAUGGGAGGCCGAGGAGAUCUGCCAGCUGGCGACGCCUCGGCCGCUGAUCGAGGAGAUCGACGGCCCUGAGAAGCCCGCGAGCGCAGUCCCUGUGGUUGAAACGCCUGGGAACGUCCCAACCGCGAACGAGACCGAGGGCGAAAGGGCAGCGAGCGGUAACGGUGCCUCGACGAGCAGUACCGGUCCUUCGCCCGGCAGACCGCGGACGCUGUUGGAAGAGAUCCGAGAUGCGAUCGAGGCGAAGCGGCUGCAGCGCAAGAAGGAUACGCUCGCGUUCCUUGCGUCGCUGAACGUGCGUCGGUGCAAUCGGCGGCCGGUCUUUGGCGCCGACGUGCGUGCGGCCGUCGAAGUCGUCCCCCCGGCCCUGACCGUCACCCGGUUGACCGCUAACCCGGCCCGGUACCUCGACUACCCGAAUGCGCUAGCGGAGCUCGUCGUUUCGCCGGAAGGGCGGUGUGAAAAGGCUCAGGACCUGGUCGAAACGUUCGUGUUUGCGAUUCCCCGGGCAAGGGCGCCCCCGCCCCGGCCCUGGUGCAGCCACCCGGGGGUUAGCGAGCAGUUAGCGAGCGAGACGAGGGAGGUUAUGCUAAGCAGGGAGGUGGCGCCGCUGCUGACCCCCCUGCGGCAGGCAAUCGUGCGGCGGCAGCUGUUCUUCCCGGACCGGCGACUGCUCCAGUACGACUGCGGCAAACUCCAAGAACUCGCGGAGCUCCUGCGCAAGCUCAAGGCGGGCGGGCACCGCGCGCUCAUCUUCACGCAGAUGACCAGGAUGCUGGACCACCUGGAAUCGUUUAUCAACCUGUACGGCUACACGUACAUGCGCCUCGACGGGAGCACAAAGCCGGAGCAGCGCCAAAUCCUGAUGCAGCGCUUCAACACAAACCCUAAAAUCUUCCUGUUCAUUCUGUCGACGCGGUCGGGCGGGGUCGGCGUCAACUUAGUCGGCGCGGAUACGGUCAUUUUUUAUGAUAGCGACUGGAACCCCGCGAUGGAUCUCCAGGCGCAGGACAGGUGUCACCGCAUCGGGCAAACGCGGGAAGUGCACAUAUACCGGUUAGUUUGCGAGAGCACGAUCGAGGAGAAUAUUCUGAAGAAGGCGAACCAGAAGCGCGCGCUCGACGAUCUUGUGAUCCAAAGCGGGGGCUACAACACCGACUUCUUCAAGAAGCUGGACCCGAUGGAGCUCUUCGGGGGCGCCGCGCCCACGCACGCCGCCGUUCCGCCCGCAGGCGGCGUUCCGGCGGAACGGGCGGACGUUCCGGCGGAACCGGCGGAACCCGCCCCUGCAGAGCCCACCAACGCGGAAGUCGAGGCGGCGCUUGGUCGCGCGGAGGACGAGGAAGAUUACGCGGCGCUGAAACGGGCGGAACAGGAAGAGGCGCAAGACGCAGCCGAGUUCAACGAAGAGGGGGGGCCGGUGGCGGACGACGACGAGGAGGGGGGGGCGGCGAAAGGGGCCGAGGGCCCCCCCGCAAAGGGAGGGGAAGUCGCGGUGAUUGAAGAGGAGGGGGACGUGCUGCGGGAUUUGAAGCAGAGGGCGGCUGCCGCGGGGAAGGACGGAAACUUCUCGUUUGAGGAUCAGCUGCGGCCGAUUGAAAGGUACGCGAUGCAUUACUUGGAGGACGUCUUCGGCGUGGUCGACCCGCAGGCGGCGCAGGCGGAGGUCGACUUCGAACAAAAGGAGUGGGAGCUGGAUCAGCUGGAGAAGCUCAAGGACCAACAAGAAGCGGAAGUGGACGACGACGAAGAACAGAUUGUGUUCACAGACUGGGACACGGAACAAGCGGACGACGCAUACCGGCGCCAGGUGGAGCUGGCGGCCCAAUGGGAGGAGGAACGGAUCCAGGCGGAGAUCGAGGCGGAACUAGAGGCGGAGCGCCGCGAGGCCGAGCGCAAGAAGGCGGAGGAGGCGGCCGCGGAGGAGCGGCGCCAGCGGAUCCUGCGCAAGACGGCCAAGCAGGAAGAGCGGGUGCGUUUCCUGGCCCAGCAGAAGGAGGAGGAAGCGGCGCGGCGCGAGCAGGAGCGGGCCGAGGCGGCGGCGCGGCGGCACGCACGUGGUUCAAGCCACAGCGGCGACGACACGCCCAUCGACGGCAUGCGCAGCCCCUCGCAGCGCAAGCGCAAGGUGCCGAAGUACCUGGACGAGUUCGUGGAGGACGAAGAAGGCACCCGCCUCACGCCCACCCUCACCGCAGGGGGCUCAAACGAGCCCUUCUCGGGCCCCCCUGGAAAGAAGAACAAGAAGAAAAAGCUGUCCGAGCUCGGCGCACCCUCUCUCAGAGAAGAUUGGUCGUUCGAUUUCGGCUACCCGUGGGAAAACGCGUCGCUGGGCGAAUCUGGGCCGUUGGAUCUGGACGGCAGCAGGGAUACGGUCCAGAAGAAAGCGUCUGCAGCAGGGGGCGUGUUCACACUGCCUUCUUCGGGGACGUUACACAAACCGUCCCAGACACUGGAGCUCUUCCGGCGGCGCAAGGCGGAGUUCGAGCGGUCUAGGGGCGGGAGAGACUUCACACCGUGGAAGCACGCUGAGGACGUCAUACUGUGUUCAGCUGUGGUGGAGCUUGGUGUAAAUUGGGACGUGGCAAGCGACGUGCUGGCGGGGGUGCCAGACCUGGGGCCUCACCGGGGGAGGAAACGCUCGCCCGAGCAGUGCAGGGAGCGUUACGCCGCCUUGAUGAAGGCCCACGGCGUUGCGCCAGCUGACAGCGACUCGGUUCCAGCUGUCAAGGACUUGACGCCAGCUGUUGGCCCUUCAAAACCAGCUGGCGAAGUACCGGCGACAGCUGUCGGCGUUCAGGCAGAGGGGAAUGAUGCGGAAGGGGCAGAAACUGAGCGGAAAAGCGAGGCUGCUUCGGGGAGUGCGGUGGAUUCUGGAGGGUUAAGCAAACCGCUCGAGCUGAACCUUCCGCCAGCUGGCGAGCCGCCAUCGGUCGUCUCCACUUCGGCCCCUGACCAAGGCGGAGUCGUUCCGGCUAUCAGCACCGACGGUGUGAAGAAGCCCGACGAAACGGCCGAGCCUCCACAGUCCGUCCGCCCAGAGAGCCCAUUCACACCGCAGCCGGCGAUCACAGAGGAGCAGGCCAAGCUGCUCCUAGAGAGGGUGACGUCAUCCCCGGGUGACGUCGUCGUGGCGCUGCCCCCCGACUUCGAGAACGCUGUGCGCGCUUCCCAGCGGCAUCCGCAGACGCUUUCGAAAACCACGCAACCGCCCGCCGCGCCCGUCCCCUCACCAGAAGGGUUAGGGUUUAUCCGAGUCGACCAGGAAUCAGCCGCGGUGGUUAGCGCUAACCACGUGGCUCCGCACCCGUCGCACCGAGCGGCCGGAAAGGACGCGUUUGAGACCCUGGCGCGGUUAGCGGGGAGGCCGAUCAGCGAGAGGGAACCCGGGCUUAGCCCCGGUUUGGAGCAGGAUCUGGGGUGGGUUACGAGUUUUGCGGCGCAGCCGCCCCAGCCGAAGCUUGUGGACUUGAAUGCGUCGCCGGCCGAUUCGGACCGGACGGAGACACCGCCUCUCCAACCUAGUUCCCUGCCAGCCGCCCUGCUAACCUCCUCACAAACCAUUGUCGGGCAGCAAUUAGGUUUCUCUAAACCCGAACCAACCCAACCGAGCCAGGCAGGCCCGCCGCUUCCAGCCCAACAAACCCUUCCCCCAACAACGGAACAAGAGCCUAAACCCGACUUCAACCCGGUUCGGCAGUUCCUAACCCAAGCCGCGGACCUCGGACGCCUCGCUCGGGCCGAGGUCUCGGACAGCGACGAGGAGGAGCUCGCGGCCGCGACGGCCGGCUUUGCUGACGUCGUCGACCCGGCCGCUGACGUCAGCGUCGUCGGGGGUGACGUCAGCAGGCCCGGGGAGGGCUUGGCGGGGUGGAUGGAACUGCUGCCGAAGGUGGAGGAGCCGAAGGAUCUGGGGGCAGUCGCGCUGAAGAAAGGCGAGGUGGCGGAGGGGAGAUACAGGGUCGCCGCAAACCUGGCCCUCAAGGGCGACAUCACCGACUGGGCAGAGGGCGCGAUGACGGCCUUCUCGGCGGAACCGGAGGCGGCCCCACUGCCGAAGAAGGCGCCUGCGAAGAAGAAGGAGCCUAAGGAGCCCAAACCCGCCAAACCCCGCAAGAAGCUGCGCCAGGGUGAGGAGGACUUGGAAGACAUUCCCAUCAACAAGAUCAAGCUGAAGGUUUCCAAGGGUUCUAAGCCACUGGGCAGGCCUCGCAAGUCACCAGCACCUCCCGGGGGGGCCGCCAAAGCGGCGAACGGGCCCCCCAUCCAGGCCGCACAUCCUUCCGGGGGGGUGGCGAAAGCAGCGGACGGAACCCCCGUGAAUAUGUCCGGGCUGGUGGGCAAGCUGGGGGGAGUCGUGACGUCUUACACUGGGAGUGGUGAUGUCAGCAGAGGAUGGGGUCAAGGUGGGGGGGAGCGGAGCGUUGCCCCGUCGAAUGGGAGUGCGCCAGCUGGCGCGGGAGCGGGCGUUGGUGCACUUGGGUUAGCCCCGGGUUUGCUGCAGGGUCAGGCUAACAGCGUGCUGAGCGGCGGCGUCACCGCAGCCACAAACUUGGCGAGCCCAGGUGCGAAUCUACAGCGGAUCAAUGUUUCGGGGGGGGAUGCGCAGGCUGGCUUUAGCCCGUCGGACAGUCCCCCAAUUGCGGCGCUUGCCAGGAAGCCUCUCGGAGGUGGGCUCCUCCCUAAACCAGCCAAGAAGAAAACCGGGUUGGGGGAUGGUCAAGGGGAUGGUAACCGGCAGUUCGCGACUGUCCACAGGGGACGCGGCAGGGGGGUCUCGGAAGGGGGCAGAGGGAGGGGGGGAAGAGGCAGAGGGCGAGGCAGGGGGUUAGGAUCUGACGUUUCGGGGCGGCUCUUUGACUCGAACGACAAGCCGCCCCCCUCUCCAAGCGCAGGAACCGUUUCGCCCUUUGGCGGUGUCCAGAAUUUGCUGCAGGGGGUUCCUGUCAAACCGGAUGGGUUUGCUCAGGGCCGCCCCCUGACUGCGGUAGCUCCUUCCGGGGGGGUGGUUGCGGGGCAGAAAGCGGCCCCCCUGAGCGCGGGGUUGCACAGCUUUGGCCCAUCGUUUGGGGCGGAAGGGAGGGCCUCUGUCGACGGAUCCUCGUUCCGGGGGGGCGAUCUGGCAGCAAAUCAGGGGGGGGGCCAAAGCACCAGCCAAAGCAUACGGAUGAGAUUGGAGCGCUCUUUAGAUCCCCGUCAAGAGGCGCAGCCGUUGGGCGCAAAGGGGGGGCACGCGGCAGAUUGGACCGGAGGGUUGCGUGCGCCCCCCUCAUUCCGGGGGCUGGCUUCCCCGACCGCAAUCCCUGAGCACCGGAAGAAGUCCGCCGUUCCGGUUUUGGACCUGAACGCUGAGCCGAAGUCUCCUGGGGGGGUAAAGAAACGGCCCCCCCCUUCGGCGCUGUUGAAUGAGGACACCCCCCUGCAGCUCGUGAUUGACAGGGCGGCGGGGAAGAAGGCUGGGGAUCGGCCCCGACCAGGGGGUGCGGUUUCGCUUCAGGGGGGUACGGUUUCCGGACAGGGGGUUCCGGUUCCGGAGCAUGGGGCAACGGCGCGGGGGGGCAUCGCUAGGCCCUCGGGGAGCGUUUCGAGUAGCGCGAAAGGGGAGGGGACGGCUGAACGGGGAAUUGCUCAGGGGAAGUCCGUGGACUUCGCCAAAACGGCGCACUCGCCUCCGGAGGAAGCCAAAACUUUCCGACCGAGUGCGGAAACCAACCAGCGGUCACCGAGUUGGCCGGGACCCCCCCUUGCGGAGCAAAGACACUCAUUCGCGGGGACAACCCAAACCGCCCCCCAUUCCGGGGGGGAGCGUGGUCCGCCGAAAAGCAGCCCCCCCCAGCAGCGUGUCACAUUUUCGGGGUCCGCCCAGCACGAAGCGAGAGGGUUCGGGGGCCCUGUUGAGAGACGGGCCGACUUGCCCCCGGGCUAUUCCGGCAGUGGCGCCGGCGUCGCUGUGCCCAGCAAGGCCUUUUCCGGACAGCAGCGCACGGAAUCUUUCUCACCCGACCGGAACCGCUCGAGCGGCUUUGCUGACCGCGGGUUAGGGGUUAACCCAAGGGGGAGUCCCCAGCAGAGGGUACAUUCAGGGGGCAGGGGAGGCAUGCAAACGAACCCCCCAGAAGCGUCGCUUCCAGGAGGGCCGCUCUUCGGCUACCAACAACCGCCCCAGCCCCCGCCGUUCUCAGCCCCCCAACCCACUCCGCCCUGGAUGACGUCACCACCCCGCGCGCCGCAGACGAGCCCGCCCCGGAUGACGUCACCUUACCGCAGCCCGCCACGUGUCACGUCCCCGUACCGCCACCCGCAGGCGAGCCCCACCAACCGGCUGACGUCACACCAGAGCCCGCCGGGGCGGGGCCCUGUCGUGACCGGAGGCGCGCUACGGGUGGCUGGGGAGACGCGCAAUUGGGCCGGACAUGGGGCCCUUUCGGACGGCGAGGACGAGCUCCCUGAGUUUGUUUUGCCCGAGCCAUUCUCGAACCGGCCCAACUUCCCAACCCUUCCAAACCCUGGGGCCGGAACGGCGCCCCCGCCGCCGUACUACGGCGGCCAACCUCCGGUGCCGAACCCGCACCAAGACAUGCGGGGACCGGUUCGUUUCUUGGGGCGAUCAGACAACGCUCCGGAUGAUGGGUUACCCCCCGGGUUCGGUCGCCCGCAAAACCCCCCUCCCCAGCCGAGGGACUUGGACUUGCCGCCUGGGUUCGGCCGCUGAUGAUGCCACUGAGCUCUGAGAAACUUGCGAAGGUUCGCACUUGGGAAACAUUGGUCGAACAUAAAGCAGAACGUAUUGUCCGGCCACAUCUUUGGCCCAUCUCCGCUUAUUUGUGUGGGGAGUGACCGUUGCACCAGGUUGCUACACUGGACUUUCUUGCUUUGAUCGUCAUGGAUGUAAAAUAGAUCUUCAGCGUGCUUCCGUUGAAGCAUGGCGAUCUGCAACGUAUCGACUUUUG